AUGCAAGCUCUUCCAUAUAUUAUUCUUGGUAUUGCAUUAACACUUGGUGUCACAUUAAUUAUUGUCGGAUGUGUUACUGCUAAAAACGCAUUUGCACUUCUCGAAUUAAUUCCUGCAUGCGUUAUUUCAUUUUCAUACAUUUCAUACAUCAACAAAGAAGAUGAUUCAGAUGAUGACGUAAUUACAAAAGAUUUCCUCAUUUGGUUAUUAACAAUUGCUGUAGUUUCAAUUAUUGCACUUCCAUGCGUUUUAUACCACCUUGAAAAGAUUGGUAAGACCGUUUCAUUAAUUCUUGAUAUCAUUGGUUGCGUUGCUAUCUUUGCUGGCUGCAUUGUUGUCGCUUGCUUAGAUAGAGAAGAUGAUUUCACCAAAAUCUAA